AUGUCCAAGAAAAGGGGAUUGAGUGCUGAUGAAAAAAGAACUAGAAUGUUGGAAAUAUUCCAUCAGAGUAAAGAUUUUUACCAACUUAAGGAGUUAGAGAAAAUAGCUCCAAAAGAAAAAGGCAUUACAAUGCAGUCAGUUAAGGAAGUGGUGCAAAGCCUUGUGGAUGAUCAUCUCGUCGAUUCAGAAAAGAUUGGAACAUCAAUAUAUUUUUGGUCUUUUCCAAGCAAAGAAAAAAAUGCUAAGAAAAGGAAACUUAUAGAUUUACAAAAUGAUUUGGAUGAAACUGUUAAAAAGUUGAAGAAAACCACUGAUUCGAUUACAUUGGAGUCUGUCGGACGAGAACCGAGUGAUGAAAGGACACAAUUGUUGGCAGCAUUAGAUCAACUAACUAAAGAGGAAAAGGAAAUCAUUAAGGAAUUACAGAAAUACAGAGAUUCUGAUCCAGAGUAUAUAGAAAAAAUAAAGAAUGAAAUUGAAGAUCUUAAACACGCAAUAAACAGAUGGACAGAAAAUAUUUACAUUCUCAAGUCAUACAUGAAGAAUACUUUUCAAAUGGACAACGAAGCUAUCGAACAAAACUUCAAUAUCCCUCCAGAUAUGGAUUAUAUGGAAGAAUAA